AUGGCGCGUGGUAGAUAUAAGUACAGCCCCCUCGCCAACCGCAACCCGGCGAGGGAGGCCCAGGAGGCACUCGGCUUUUGGUCAAAUCGCCAUCGUACCGUGUUGAAGCUCACCAUGGCCGCCCUGUCACUCAUUCUCCUUUACCACCUGGUCACUGCCACUGCGCGCGUGGUGAGGGCCGUCAACGAUUCCAGCUGUGACACCGUCGCCAACGGCUUCCAGUGCUCGCCUGAGAUAUCUCACUACUGGGGCCAGUACAGUCCUUACUUCGCCGUGCCCUCGGAGAUCGACAACGCCGUCCCUGAGCAGUGCACAAUCACCUUUGCCCAGAUCCUGAGCCGGCACGGCGCGCGUGAUCCCACUGCCAGUAAGACGGCAGUGUACAACACGACGAUCCAGCGCAUUCAGAGCUCCGUGUCCAGCUAUGGCGCUGGUUACGAGUUCAUCAAGGACUAUGUGUACACCCUGGGCGCAGACCAGCUCACGACCUUUGGCCAGCAGGAGCUGAUCAAUUCGGGGACCAAGUUCUACGAGCGUUAUGGGGAGUUGACAAGGGUGGCCAGCCCAUUUGUGCGUUCCUCGGGCCAGGACAGGGUUGUCGAGUCUGCGCAGAACUGGACCCAGGGAUUCCACGAGGCCCGGCUUGCCGACGCGGAGGCCGAUGGAGCCGACACCUUUCCCUACAACAUCGUUACGAUUUCCGAGGAGGAUGGCAUGAACAACACCCUCAACCACGAGUUGUGCACGGCGUUUGAGGAUGGCCCGGUCUCUGAGAUCAAGGACAACGCGAAGAGCAUCUGGAUGGAUGUAUUCACACGCAACAUCACGGCCCGGCUGAACGCGAACCUGCCGGGUGCGAACCUGUCGGCUACAGACACGAUUUCCAUCAUGGAUCUGUGCCCGUUCAACACCGUCGCGGACGUGAAUGGGAAGCUGUCGGACUUCUGCGGGCUCUUCACAGCGGACGAGUGGAAGAGCUACGAUUACCUCCAGACGCUGGACAAAUGGUACGGCUACUCGAACGGCAACCCACUGGGGCCGACGCAGGGCGUGGGAUUCACGAACGAGCUCAUCGCCAGACUGACGGGCCAGCCCGUGGUGGACAGCACGACCACGAACAGCACGCUGGACGGCAACCCGGCCACCUUCCCGCUGAACCGGACGCUCUACGCCGACUUCAGCCACGACAACGACAUGACGGCCAUCUUCUCGGCGCUGGGCCUGUACAACACCACCGCGCAGCUGUCCAACACGACGCGAACGGCCGCCGACCAGGCUGGCGGGUACUCGUCGUCGUGGACGGUGCCGUUCUCGGCGCGCAUGUACGUGGAGAAGAUGACGUGCCAGGACAGCGGGGCCGAGGAGCUGGUCCGCGUCCUGGUCAACGACCGGGUCACGCCGCUGCAGGGCUGCGGCGCCGACGAGCUCGGCCGGUGCACGCUGAGCAAGUUUGUCGACAGCUUGAGCUUCGCGAGGAGCGGUGGGGACUGGGCCUCGUGCUUUUCAUAG